AUGGAGACUCACCCACUACAUCCGGACGCUCGGUGAAAAAGGCAGACAUCAUUAUGGACUCUGAGUAUCUGAAAAGACACCUGGGGAAAUGUCUGGCAGACGGACUGGCUGAAGUGGCCGAGCAGCGUCCAGUGAACCCCAUCCUGUUUCUCGCCCACUGGCUCUACAAGCACAACGAAAACGUGGAGCACCAGACGCAGAGAAAGGCUAAUAUGUCGCUCCUGGAGGAGGAGCAGGCAGAAGCCAGAGAGGAGACGCUCAAAGACGAGGAGCAAAGGAUCAGUAAGGUGGAGGUUACAGAUCAAGUAACCAAUCCAGAGUCCCCUGAGACGAAACCUCUGAAGGCCAGCAGCUCUUCCCUUUCUGACCUGAAAGAGGAGUCUGCAGAGGAGCCUGAUGAAAAGACUGAAGACGAGCCAGGAAGCAAUGAAGCAGAAGAGACGACGGAGGGGAAUCCAAGUGACAAUCAAGAAGACGAAAAGGAAAGGAGUGAAGAGAAAGAAGUUGACCAAGAAGAGGAAAAGGUGGAUGAUCAACCUAUCACUGAGCAGACUGAAGCAUUACACUCGACUCCCCGUGCAGAUGCUGACGACUUACAAACAAACAAAACAGAAGAGCAACACGACAAACAGACCCCUCGUACUCCUGACCCUGAACACACAGAGAAGGUUGAGUCGAUGACAGAAAGUGGACAGGAGAUGCAGAAUUCAGUGUCUCCAUCUCUUCAGGACGAGGAAAAGGAGACGGACGAUCGACGCACAAGUGAGGCCGCUGAUAUCUCGGCUCCAGCUGACAGUGAUGUAACAGCAGAGGAGAGUGAGAGACCUCUAACUAUUCAAGAGGAAUCUGAAGACCCGCCUCCUGACGGGGAAGACGUCUAGGAGAAGGUAGACUCUGUGGGCCAGCUGAUGACGAGUGGAUAUGACAAAUGAUUUAUGAUCUGUUAAAGUCACACCAACAAAGGGAUAUGCUGAGAUGCUUUUCAUUUCUUAUAGUUUAAGUUGUAAAGGAAUUGUGUCUCUGCUUUGUGGUACUUUUUAAGAAGAUGAAGACGCAGACAAAUCCUGAUUAAAUCCGUGCUGCUUAACAGUCCAAUGAUCCCAAUGAAGGUCAAAUAAUACCAGAAUGUAUAUGUAGUGUGGUGGAUAUAUAUGUGCAAAUAAAUAAGUCUAAACGUUAAAAAUAAA